AUGUCGUGUGGCUCCUUCCAGCCAGGCUCCAGAUGUGGCAGUCGGAGUUUCAGCUCAUGCUCAGCUGUCAUGCCCCUGAUGGUCACCCACUAUGCAGUGAGCAAAGGGCCAUGCCGGCCCGGGGGUGGUGGGGGUUACCGAGCCCUAGGCUGCUUUGGCUCACGGAGCCUGUGUAACGUGGGCUUCGGGAGGCCCCGGGUCGCUUCCAGGUGUGGCCUGCCUGGCUUUGGGUACCGAGUGGGGGCCACCUGUGGGCCUUCUGCCUGCAUCACCCCAGUCACCAUCAACGAGAGCCUGCUGGUCCCGCUUGCCUUGGAGAUUGACCCAACAGUGCAGCGGGUGAAGAGGGAUGAGAAAGAGCAGAUCAAGUGCCUCAACAACCGCUUUGCAUCCUUCAUUAAUAAGGUGCGGUUCCUGGAGCAGAAGAACAAGCUGUUGGAGACCAAGUGGAACUUCAUGCAGCAGCAGAGGUGCUGCCAGAGCAACAUCGAGCCCAUCUUUGAGGGCUACAUCUGUGCCCUGAGGAGGCAGCUGGACUGUGUGGCUGGAGACCGUGUGAGGCUGGAAUCAGAGCUCUGCAGCAUCCAGAAUGCCCUGGAGGGCUAUAAGAAAAAAUACGAGGAGGAGCUCUCUCUGCGGCCCUGUGCUGAGAAUGAGUUUGUUGCCCUGAAGAAGGACGUGGACACAGCCUUUCUGAUGAAGGCUGACCUGGAGACCAAUGCGGAGGCUCUAGCCCAGGAGAUCGACUUCCUGAGAGGCCUGUAUGAGGAGGAGAUCUGCCUGCUCCAGUCUCAGAUCUCUGAGACCUCGGUCAUCGUGAAGAUGGACAACAGCCGGGAGCUGGACGUGGAUGGCAUCAUUGCUGAGAUCAAGGCCCAGUAUGAUGACAUCGCCAGCCGCAGCAAAGCUGAAGCAGAGGCCUGGUACCAGUGCCGGUAUGAGGAGCUGAGGAUGACCGCCGGGAACCACUGUGACAACCUCCGCAACCGCAAGAAUGAGAUCCUGGAAAUGAACAAGCUGAUCCAGCGGCUGCAGCAAGACACUGAGAACGUCAAAGCCCAGCGUUGCAAACUGGAGAGUGCCAUAGCUGAGGCGGAGCAGCAGGGCGAGGUGGCCCUCAGCGAUGCCAAGUGCAAACUGAUGGGGCUGGAAGAGGCCCUGCAGAAGGCCAAGCAGGACAUGGCCUGCCUGCUCAAGGAGUACCAGGAGGUGAUGAACUCCAAGCUGGGCCUGGACAUCGAGAUCGCCACCUACAGGCGCCUGCUGGAGGGCGAGGAGCACAGGCUGUGUGAAGGCAUCGGGCCCGUGAAUAUCUCCGUGAGCAGCUCCAAAGGCGCCGUCCUGUAUGAGCCCUGUGUGGUCAGUGCACCCGUGUUGAGGGGCGAGUGCUGCUCAGGGGGCACCAGCAUCCUCAAGAACAGCGGGGCCUGCAGCAUUGUGGGCACCGGUGAAGUCUACAUCCCCUGCGAGCCCCAGCGACUACUGGGCUGUGGCAGUAGGCAGAGCCUGGGCUCGAAGUCAGCAGCUGGGGGCAGCUCAACCAGCCCCAAGAGUUAACACUGCCCUCUGGGGGCAGGGCCUCAGCCCUGGGUGCUGCAUCCCCACCAGGGUUGAAGAUGAGGAUAGUUCAAACCUUCCUUCUUGUACUGACUCCACAUUCCCCCGGGAGAUGAGUUGCCCUCAGGCUUCCUGAUCUUCAAGAGCACUUUUCACUUAGCCGUGUGCAGACCCUGAGGUAGGCCCUGACCCCUGGACUGUGAUAGUCAGGCCCUCAUGUGGCCAAGAGAACGGCCCAACCAUUCCAUUCCAGGUGGGGAGGCUGGAUGGGCAAGUCACAACCAGAUUUGUGGACUAUCCCGUGGAAGGUUUCCCCACAAAGCCAACUCUUCCCCCUCACACCUCCAGAGCUCCCCACUUCCCUACCUCUGGCUCUCACACACCUAAGGAAAGUGAACUUCCAACACUUAAACAGGCAGUAUUGCAAAUAUGGAAAAGGAACACCCCCAAAUCCCAUUCUGAAUUCCAAAGCCAAGGACCAAGAUUUCAGGAUCCCUCAGGCCCUGCCAACAUACUCAACACAGAGAAUCAGCCCAGAGAAUCGCCUUUGGACAGUACAUUUACUUGCUCAGUGUGCUGAAUUCAAACUAUGAAAGUAAGUCUUUUUUCCUGAGCUCCCAUAGGCAGUGAAACGCCUAGAACAAAGGGCAAGUGUACAUGGACUGUUUACAGGACAGAUGGAUAGUCGAGAACUGCCAUUAUUUGCUGAAUGGGGUCAAGCCCCACUCCACCCCACUUCUGUACAUAGUUGCCCCUCUCGCCCCUGCUCCGCUCCUUCUGUUCCUCUGGCUUUGGACCUGAUCUGAACCGGGUCUCCCAGCUACUCUGGUGUAGGGCCGCCCCAGCCAGCUUCAAGGCUGGCAGCUCAAAUGCCGAGGGAGGGAGGAGUUGCUGGGCUGACUCCACCUCCCAGGUGCCUCCUACCCAGCCCAGCCCAACCAGGGAUCCAAGGUCUUUGCUUCUUCUGUUUCCAAUAAACUGCU